AACAAUAUUAUCCUGCCAAGAUGGCGGAUCGGAAUAGAGCCACACUUCUGGAGUUAUUAACAAAACCGGGAAAUAAUGUUUGUGCAGAUUGUAAAAGUCCUGAUCCAGAAUGGGUGUCUGUGAACUUAGGAGCCUUUUUAUGUCCAGAAUGUGCAGGAUGUCAUAGAAAUUUAGGAACACAUAUCAGUAGAGUCAGAUCUAUAAAGUUAGACAACUGGGAAGAUGACCAAGUUCAGGCUGUUGCAGAACUAGGUAAUGAGGUUGUGAAUCAGAAAUAUGAACAGUUUAUACCAGCAUACUACAAACAUCCAACCAAAGAUGAUCCAGAUUGGUAUUAUGCACAAAAAGAUUUACCUACAGACAAAAGAUUCAAGCUCCUUAGAUCUGAAUUUGUGAAAGCUAAAUAUUCAAGGCAAGAGUUUAUGUACCCUGACAGACAAUCUGCUUACUGCUCAGGCAUUAAAGAAGGAUAUUUAUAUAAACGUGGGCGAGAUGAUAAAGGCUUUAAAAAAAGACGAUUUUGUUUAACAAGAAAACUCAAUGGACAUACUUUAUUAUAUUUUAUUAAAGAAAAAGAUACAGCACCAAAAAGUGAGAUAGAUUUAGACAGUGUUAAUGUUGUGUUUGCUAAAGACAAAAUUGGUGUAAAUCCAAAUGGCUUGCAGAUCACAUAUUUUGUAAAUGGUCAGACUCGAAGUUUGUUUGUGUAUGCUGAUGAUCCAAAGGUGAUGAAAAAAGAAAACAAGGAAAUUGUUGAUUGGUAUUAUGCUAUCAGAGCUGCUAAGUUUGAGUGGCGACGAAUAGCUCACCCCCAACAAGAAGAAAAAGAGUUAGCUGAAGGCUUGACUACUGAUUUUACGUUAGAAGGAUGGUUACAGAAAAUGGGACCAAAAAAGAAAGAUGGUUUUAAAAAGCGAUGGUUCACAUUAGAUAACAGAAAACUAAUGUAUUCUGAAGACCCUUUGAGCCCUUUUCCAAAAGGAGAAGUGUAUAUUGGCCAUGCUGAUGGAGGGUAUGGGGUGACGAUGGGGGCAAAGGAUGUGAGGUCAAGUAUGGUGUAUGUGUUUACUCUCAAUACUCCAGAAAGAGACUUUAUACUUAGUGCUGACACCAGAGAAGAUAUGGACCAAUGGGCAGAGGCUUUCAAACAAAUACAAACAACAGAACCAACAUCCCAGGAUUUAAGACAGAAAAAGAUGUAUGAUCAAACUUUAGCCAUGAGAAAAUAGGAGUGUUACGAAUGCUGAACAAUAACUCAUGAAAGAGAGAUCAGCUUUACAAAAGAUAAUUGAGAUAAACCUUUAUGUAUUUUAAUGUGUUCAUAUUAUAUAAGUCCAUUUGUACAAAGUGUCAUCUUUUUGUAAACAGUAUAUUUAUUUUAUGUUUGUUUUGUUGUUAUAAAAGAUGUCUGGAAAACACAUACUUUAUACUUAACCUCAAUAUUGAACCUAUAAUAUAUUUAUAAUGGAUGAAGGAACGUGGUUUAAAUUGAAUUGUCUCCCCUUCAUCAUAUGAAAUCUCAACCAAAACAUAAUUAUGUUCCAUCCCUCAUAACAACUUCAUAUGUAUGACUGAUUAGUCUUAUACUUAGUUCAAGUAUAAAUUAUGUAGCUUUUCCAGAUGCAUUAGUAAGUAGUUUUAUUCUGCUUUUAAAAAUAUCAUUUGAUGGACAUUAUCUGACUAAAUAUACUGUGGAUUCAUUAAUUUUCGCUGGAUACCAAUUUUCGUGGGUACAGAAUUACCAUGAAUUUAAAUGUUCAACAAAAUUGCAAAUUUUUCAUUGGUUUGUAUCCAGACUUUGGCAGAACCAGGAAAUUAAAUAUCCAAGAACAUGUAAGUUUUCAUCAAUCCAUGAAAAUUGGUAUCCAUGACAAUAAAUUAAUCCACAGUAGCAGACUUCCAGGAGAGUGACAGUAAAAUAAAUUAUAAGAUGUCCAUGUUGAACUUUGACAAAAUUUACAUUUUACUGAAAACCUGUGUGGAGGUUAUGUUAUCCACAAGUUGAUUUUAAAUGCAGAAAACUGCCUUGUUGACAGCAACUAUGACCAACUUCCUGAAAAGAAGACUUCAAUUUGAAACUUUGAAAAUAUUUAAUUUCAAUACAAGCUUUUGCAUUGUUUGCAUGGUUAUUUCAAAUAAGUUCUUAUUGCAUGUAUUUGAUUUAAAUGUGUUCUGUAGCACUAGAUUUCAAAUGGUGUCAAAGAACAUCUGACAGUCGGACUAAUUAAACUGUCCAAUCUUACCACAGAAACAAGUGGCUAGGAAUAAGUUCUGAUUGUGACAAUCCUUAAACAGAUAAUCAAUCUUCAAAAAAUGGUAUUUUAUAAUGCAGUUUAAUUGGUAGGUGCAAGAUCAAUAUCAAAUAUAUUUUGCAAAAAAAACCAAUCCAUUUCUUUGAUUACAGCCUUUUAACAGGAAAAAUCUGUAAAUUGGCUGAGAACUUUCUGUAUGAAAAAUUGUUGAUAAUAUUAAAUUUAUACAAUAUAUUGUAUACUUGUAAAACUAUUUAUGAGAGAUUGAAAUUUGAUAACUGUUUCAUCUGAAAAAAUUAAUGAAGUAUGUGAAUAAAUUCAUUGAUUACAUAUUUAAGAGUACAUAAUCAUGAAAGUUCUUGAAGACAAUUUUUACUAUUUUUAUAAACAUCAAAUGCAUACUUUUUUAUUUUCCAGACUGAGUUCUUAAGCUUUAAGACCUAAACACCUCAUUUUAAUGUGAUAGUUUGUUACAUAAUAAAAACUUUAUUUAUAUAAAUAUACAAUUUUGUUAUCUCCCCUUUCAAACUGCAAGGUACUGAUUAAAAAAAAAUUAUGGUAAAAAAUAUAAAAAGCUGCAGAAACUAUCAAAACAAUUAACAGACAUUAAAACUACAAGUUUCAUCUUUAAAUGGUCAAUUUUUAUAUAUAAAUUUAAAUCUUAUUACCGAAAUGAGAAUGAUAGAAAGACUAUCUACUCUCAAAUGUUUUCACAUGUUAUCAAAUGGAGAACUGUUAUGCUUAAGUUUUUAUCUGUGUAUUAUGUAUGUUUAUAGAUUGUGGAAAACUGUGUAAUUUGUCAUUUUUCCAAGGCAUGAAAUCUUUUAUUUAGAAUAAAAGGGCAUUGACAAAUUUGCAAUUAAUAUCUGUUAAAUGUGUAUUGUCCCUUCUGAAUGUAAACAUUUGAGUAUUUAUAUCUUUUUUGAUAAUUUUAAAACUGGAGUAAGGUUAGCAAUUAAUCAAUAGCAAGUCAGAGAUUGUUGGAAAUUUUGAACCAUGCCAUAUGGAAUUAAUUCAUAUCUUAUAUACGCAAAAUAAAUCAAAAAUUUAAACUGUUUACCUUUGUUUUUUGUGAUAGCAAACAUUUUCUAAACAUUCAUUUGCAAUUACUAUACGAAAAUGUGUUGUUCAUGAAUAGGAAAUGAAUGUAUUAAUUUUGUUUUAAAUGUUGUCAAACUUUAAAGUUCAUUUUUGUACUGUAAAUGUUGAACUUUUUAUUUGAAAGUCAUUAAAACCUGUCAAUACUGAGAAAGGCAGAGAACUGCCGAGCACCUGUGUCGGAUGGUUUAAGUUUGCUUAGAAUCGAAAUAAUCAAAACACAUGAUCAAAAUAAAAUAAGAUCUGUGGAAAAAAGAUCUGUUAGAUAAGACAGCUAAAUGGACCAGAGAUUAAUGAUCUCAGUAAAGGUUUCUGAAUUUUUGUAAAUUUCUGUAAUUGAUUAUUAUACCCCACGCAACGAGUUGCGGAGGGUAUAAUGUUUUUGACCCGUCAGUCCGUCCGUCCGUCCGUCAGUCCUGUUUCUUGUCAUCGCAACUCCUCUCAAACCACACAACAGAAUUUCACGAAACCUUUUCAGAUAAUAAGGACAUACUAUGUAGUUGUGCAUAUCGACGGGAAAUUGCGAUUCAAUUUUUUUUCUAGGAGUUGCGCCCCUUUGAACUUAUUUACUUUAAUGUACUACUGCAACAGUUUGUCAUCGCAACUCCUCUCAAACCACACAACAGAAUUUCAUGAAACCUUUUCAGAUAAUAAGGACAUACUAUGUAGUUGUGCAUAUCGACGGGAAAUUGCAAUUCAAUUUUUUUUCUAGGAGUUACGCCCCUUUGAACUUAUUUACUUUAAUGUACUACUGCAACAGUUUGUCAUCACAACUCCUCUCAAACCACACAACAGAAUUUCACGAAACCUUUUCAGAUAAUAAGGACAUACUAUGUAGUUGUGCAUAUCGACGGGAAAUUGCGAUUCAAUUUUUUUUCUAGGAGUUACGCCCCUUUGAACUUAUUAACUUUAAUGUACUACUGCAACAGUUUGUCAUCGCAACUCCUCUCAAACCACACAACAGAAUUUCAUGAAACCUUUUCAGAUAAUAAGGACAUACUAUGUAGUUGUGCAUAUCGACGGGAAAUUGCAAUUCAAUUUUUUUUCUAGGAGUUACGCCCCUUUGAACUUAUUUACUUUAAUGUACUACUGCAACAGUUUGUCAUCACAACUCCUCUCAAACCACACAACAGAAUUUCACGAAACCUUUUCAGAUAAUAAGGACAUACUAUGUAGUUGUGCAUAUCGACGGGAAAUUGACAACUAAUAGUGUUUGGCGAAAGGUGCUUUAUUAUAGUAAUGCAUAUAUAGUUAUACCAAGCAUGGUAUCAAUAAGCUAUAAUGAACAAAAUGUGAAUAUGAAGCACCUGAACCCCAAUGUGGGUAAUAAUAAAAGUAAUUAGAAAAAAUGAACAAUAAAAAGAAAAAAAAAAUGUCUUAUAUCAAUUACAUAAUAAAAGUGGCCUGGAACAUGCUCUUUUGCUUAAAACCACAUGGUAAUAUAAACCCGGAUGAAGUAUCAAAGGGAAGCAAUUCUUACAAGGUGUUAUCAAUUAUGUACAAUGAGAGUUGCCUCCCAUUGUACGCAAUUACGAUUCAACUUUUUUUCUAGGAGUUACGCCCCUUUGAACUUAUUUACAUUAAUGUACUACUGCAACAGUUUUGUCAUCGCAACUUCUCUCAAACCACACAAAAGAAUUUCACAAAACCUUUUCAGAUAAUAAGGACAUACUAUGUAGUUGUGCAGAUCGACGGGAAAUUGCGAUUCAAUUUUUUUUCUAGGAGUUACGCCCCUUUGAACUUAUUAACUUUAAUGUACUACUGCAACAGUUUGUCAUCGCAACUCCUCUCAAACCACACAACAGAAUUUCAUGAAAUUUUGUAGAUAAUAAGGACAUACUAUUUAGAUGUGCAUAUUGGCAGGAAAUUUUUUUUUCUUAUACAAUUUUUUUUUCUUACACUUAUUUAAUUUCUCCAAUGACAAUGUGGGGACGUGGGGUAUGUGAGCGUGCUCACUAAGGUUCUUUAAUUAAUAAUUAAUUUAAAUUUGAAUAAAACUAGUCAUCUCUAUGCAAAAAAUACUUGAUGCAAUUGUUUUUUUUAUAAAUUGGUAACCCUUCAAGUUAUUGUUGACAUGUUUUUUUUCACAUAUGCAGAGUAAACAUACAAAUAAAGUUACCAGUUUAUUCAUAUAUGACAUACCAUACUAAGAGAUAAUACAUUUUAUGCUAAUGUAUUUUUUAAUGUUAUAAUUUUGUAUUGUACUCUGUAACCAAAUUAUAUUUUAAAGCCAUAUUUGAUUGUCUUCCACUUUGCUGAUACAUUCCAAGAUUUUUACUGUUUUGUUUUGUGAGCUAUUUAUAAUGAUCUCGGGCCCGUAGCCAGGAAUUUCCAAGGGGGGUUAUUUGGACUCAUGAACUCCACUUUUUAAGUCAAAAUUUGAACAGAACGUUGACUUUAACAGUGAUUAUUUGGUAUCAAGGGGGGUUCGUCCAAACCCUCACCCCACCCUUGGCUACAGGUAUGGAUCCCUCAUGAACAGAAUAUACUUACAACAUUCACUUGUUUUUUUUAAUAUUAUUUCUUUUUACUUGUUGAGGUUAUAUGAUAACUACUUAUUUUUUUACUCCAGAUUUACAUCUGAGCUGAAAGAAAAAUAUUUUUCUAUCAAAUUAAUUUGUUUAAUGGUAUUCCCUUAGAAUUUUUUUAUUGUUUCGUUUAACAACAAAUAGAUAUUUGUAAAAAAAAAAUACAAAUAACAAAUUCUUGGCUCUAUAUACGUCUGAAAAAAAGGUGUAAAAAACUAAAAUAUGUAAUACAUAUUGCAUUGGCAGAUCUAUGUCGGGUUUGGGGGUUGCAACUUGGAACCCCAAUUUUUUUGAUGAUCAAUGCAUUUAAAAGAGGACAUUCUUUUGUAUAUUUAGAAGCCCACUUUCUACUGGGUUGGAACCACUCUUUUUAAAAUGGCUAGAUCCACUCCUGAUAUUUUGAAAGUUACAUAAUGCAAUGUGUUUUUAAUAUUGUACAAACCAUUCUGUACUAUUAAACACGAGGCCUACAGCUCAAGAUCACUAAACAAAGUAAGAAUUUUGUAGGGCCAGUCAAUUAUUGCGCAAGUCAUACAAAUUUAAUGACAUUUUAUGAAAAUCUUGUUUUUGUGCUUAUGUGUUAAAACAGUUUUCAUGAAGAUCAAGAAAUUGAGGGGAAAAAGUUGCUGUAGUGGAUUUGAAAACUUUAUACCUGUGUUUGAUAUUCAGGUAAAAAGUAUAGCUGUCAGCUAGUAAUACAGGUAGUCAUUUUGUUGUUAUUUCUGUUUAAUGCAGAUAGCAUUGCUUUUCUUUAAGAGUUAAAUUUGUAAUGUAAAUUUCUUAAUAUGUAUUAAAAUUAGGUGCUACCAAUUGAUCAAACUGUACACAAUAUAUAUAUCUACACAAUUUUAUAAAUACAUUUAUAAAAAGAUCAAAUUAUAUAUUUUAUUGAACAUUUUUGUAAAUAAACAACAUUCAUUAUC